UCAGGCGGUGAGCAGAACAAAAUUCCCUGACCCAUCACUACAGCAGUUCGGCAAUUAAACCGAAGCACAGCCCAGUCCCCUCUAUUCCCAUGUUCUUAUAUGUCCUUGAAUGAUGAAGACAUCUAGGGCCCUAACUGCCGUCUUUCUUAGUCUUAGUCAUGUACCUCUCUUGAGCAUCUUUUUGCUAUUAACCCGGUUCAGUUUCGUGCAAUCUGAUGCCAAUAUGAUAGCCCAAACUUGCAAGCAGACGCCAUUUUACAACCUAUGUGUAAGCUCUCUCAACUCAGACCCUAGUAGCUCCAAAGCAGACGUUCGUGGGCUAGCCCUUAUAAUGGUUAAUAAAGUAAAGGCAAAAGCAACCAUUUCGCUACACUUGAUCAACCAGCUGAGUCAGAAGAGCCUAGGGCUAAAGAAUCCCUUGAGUUAUUGUGCUGACAAUUACGAUGCAAUUUUAAGUGCAGAUAUCCCAGAAGCCCUUGAAGCUUUGCAGAAAGGUGACCCCAAGUUUGCACAAGAUGGUGUAAAGGAUGCUGCAAAUGAAGCCAAUUUAUGUGAAGCUAAAUUCCAUGGGAAAUCUCCCCUCACUAAAUUCAACAAAGUUGUGCAUGAUACUUCGGCUAUUGCUGCUCCAGCAAUUGCUUUGAUAUAUAUAUAUACAAUUAUCUUUUUUUCUUCAAUAAUGCUUGUUUAGAAUAAUAAAUCUUUCUAUUAGGGCCUUUGAAUUUCAUUUGGGUUGGUUUUCAUGUGGGCUAUUUCUGCUUAAAACAGUGGUUUAACAUAGGACAAAUUUUCCCCCGCUACACCUCAAACGAAAGUUGUCAAGUGUCAUCAUCAAAGUGUACGAGGAUAGGAACACUGUUGCUGAACAUGCGUUCUAUUUAUAGAUCAAAUAUGCAAGAAAAAACCCUUUUAUGAUCUCGGUGUCUCUGUCUCGUCUCGAAACCCUUAAAAUCCCAUCACAGAUGUCAAAGCUCUGGCCUCUACAAUGCCUAAUCUUGUUCUGUCCAAUGCAUCUGAUAUGUUGAGCUACAUUCAAUAACUAAUCAAGCAAGGAGCAGACAUUCAGUUGCAGAAACCUUUAGCCAAUUUGUGCUGAAUUGUAUAUUCCAGGUGUGAAGUACAAUCUUCCUCAAGCCAUUAAUUCUUUGAUGAGAGGUAAGUUUGGAUUCACCAGCAAUUUAUUAUCUGAUGCAGCAAGGGAACUUCUCUGCUUCAAAUCAAUCCCCAUCCAAGAUUAUCAUGAUAAAGCAAUUUCAUGUUUCUUUCA